GUUGAGAUGUUUUACUUCUUACUAUUUUUUCUUUUCUUCUUUGUCUGUAGCCGUCUUUAUUCACCUAGGUAAUUAUUCUUGGCAAAAGUAAUGAUCAACAUGAUCGUACUACCAGUCUCCUUGCUCAUCUUGGCCACCAGAUCCCUUGCAAUAGAUGUUCUCUUCAAUUCUUUUCAUUCUGAUGAUCUGAUCAUCUCUGGAGAUGCAAGAGUCGAUUCAUCUGUUAUUAAAUUGUCAAGCAAUACUAAUCAAUAUUCCUUGGGAAGAGCAUUUUAUCCAUACCCUGUCUCUUACAAAAGAAAUGUAACUGUUUCAACUUCUUUUGUGUUUUCCAUUCUUCCAGAGAGAACCACCAAUCCAGGAUUUGGUUUCGCUUUUAUAUAUUCCAACUCCACAGCACCAGUUGAUGCUCGUCAGGCUCCUCUCUUGUUCAUUAAAUUCGAUAUUGGACUAAACCCUGAAUUUGGGAAUACCAUUCAUAACCAUAUUGGUAUCAACUACAAUAGCCCUGUGUCGUUUGUAACUCAUGUUGCAGGAUACUACAAUUCCAGCACCGGAGCGUUCGUGCCUGUUGAGCUGCGAAGUGGUAAGAAUGUCCAAGCCUGGAUAGAAUUUGAUGGCAAGAAUCUUAGGAUUAAUGUCACUAUUGCUCCAGUGGGUGUGCCUAAACCAUCUAAGCCUCUUAUCAGCACCUCUGAUCCGAGCAGAGCUGAUUUUGGAUCAGAGGCCAUGUUUAUGGGGUUUUCUACAUCCAAAACAACUUGGAAUGAAGGACAAACUAUUUUAGCUUGGAGUUUGAGUGACGAAGGAUUUGCAAGAGAGAUAAAUACUUCAAAUUUGCCAGUUCUGAGGACCGAUCGCUCCUCAGGAUUGUCCUCUCUUUCAACUAACAUCAAAGCCACCAUAAUCGCUGCUUCUAUUCUCGUUCCAGCUGUUUUAAUAUCUGCAAUAUGUUGGUUUUGGAUCAAGAAGAGGAAAGAUAACAGAUAUGAGGAUGACACAAUUCAAGAAUGGGAACUUGAAUACUGGCCACAUCGGUUUUCAUUCCAAGAACUCAAUGAAGCCACAAAAGGAUUCUCAAAAUCUAUGCUGCUUGGAUCUGGAGGAUUUGGUAAAGUGUAUAGAGGUACACUCCCAACCAACGUAGAAAUUGCAGUUAAAUGUGUAAACCAAGACUCGAGACAAGGGCUAAGAGAAUUCAUGGCAGAAAUCUCAAGCAUUGGCAGGCUACAACACAAGAACUUGAUACACAUGAGAGGGUGGUGUAAGAAAGGCCAAGAGUUGAUGUUAGUCUAUGACUUUAUGCUCAAUGGCAGCCUCUCUAGCUGGAUCUUUGGCAAGUCUGAGAAUCAUUUAGAUUGGAAAAUGCGGCGAAGAGUGCUCAUGGAUGUGGCUGAAGCCCUAAGUUACUUGCAUCAUGGCUGGCAUCAGUUGGUACUCCACCGUGACAUCAAGUCGAGCAACAUAUUACUGGACUCAAAUAUGCGGGCAAGAGUGGGUGAUUUCGGGCUGGCAAAACUUAACAAGCACGGACAAGCUGCAAACACUACAAGGGUGGUAGGUACAAUCGGCUACAUGGCGCCAGAGCUAGUCAGACUGGGGCCAAGUGCAGCCAGCGAUGUUUACGGUUUUGGAGUUGUGAUACUGGAGGUGGUGUGUGGGCGUAGGCCUAUGGAAGGCGAAAAGACGCUGAUCGAAUGGGUGCAAGAGCUGCAUGAGCAGGGCAGGCUGUGUGACAGUGUAGAUAGGAGGAUUGUCGCCGACGAGUAUGAAGUGAGCGACAUAGAAAUGGUGUUGAACUUGGGAUUGGCAUGUUGUGAUGUUGAUCCUCAGCUGCGGCCAACUAUGAAGGAGGUUACUGAGAUAUUGAUCAAGACAGAUACUUUGCCUUCUUCAGAAUAUUUGAUUGAUGAAGUAGAGUCAAGAUUUACUAGCAGUAGCAAUGCCGAUGGGUCAGUAAUCACAAAAGCAUCAUUCAUUUCUGAUCCGAGUCCUAGAACAUGACUGAGCAUAUUACAUUGUAUUGUAAACAAAAUUUUAUUUUCUCUUUCGUGUUUGGCACAAAGACGCAGACUUCAAUAGUCAAGAGUCCGUAUCAAAAGUAACAACAUUUUUCAGCCCAAUUUCGCCUGUGGUUACUUGUUAGAAUGGGCUGCAUAUUGAGUUAGAGCCCAUUUCUUUGCUAUUAUAGAGGCUUCCGUAUAAUUAGGAGUGUAAAAUGACAAUCACCAGUUCAAGCUUAUUCCGAUUCGGCUCGCUUUCAACUCGUUCAAAUUCGUUGAAAAAGUAUAACGAUGUAAGCUUAAUCUUAUCUUUUAACUUGUUAAUAAUUCGAGUUGAGCUUGAAAAAAUAAAAGCUCGGUUUGAUAUAUUCACGAGCUUUUUAGACUCGUUAUA